AUGCUGACAGCGCGACUCGCAUCUCGGCGCAUUGUGUCGCGGCCAUGGGUCGUUGAACCGCUCUCCCACACACGCCACAAGAGCGACAAAUCAGGCCGCCUGCGAAAUCCUUCCAUCACCCACUUCCGUCCAGACGUCUCCUAUGCAUCCCGCGAAAGGUCUUCCAAAACAGCUACCCGCUCGGCUCCCUUCUCGCCUUCUACCGGCGGCAAUUCCGAUGUCCGUGUGGGUUCACAGCCGACGGCCGAACCGACCAGCGCAGACCUGAGAUCUGCAUCCUCACGACCGCACGACUCAGAACAGCCGUCUUUGAUUGAACAACUCUUUCCCGAAGAGUCGAAGCGCCACGAACGAGGGGCAACGCGCGAGAUACCGCGUCUUCCCAUAGAGACUCUGUCGCAGACACCUCCUUCUAGGCCGGUCAAGAGACCUGGUCCCAGAAAAUCACCCGCAGCUCGGAAGCUGGAAGCUCAAGUAACGGCCACCCACGAUCAGACUGCUGUACUGGUACUCCGCAAUGCAAGUCGUAAUUUGACCGAGGAAGAUUUCCGACGCCUUAUACCUCAGGGCAGACACAUCGAAGGCUGGACUCUCGACCAAGGCGACUUCUACAAAUGCGUUCCGGGGAGAGAUUUGGAAACACUGGCCCAGACUAAUGUGUACUAUCUGCUCUUCAACUCAGCCCUGAAUGCCUUCAUCUACCAAGGACAUGCCAUUCGCAUCUCCCGGCUGGUAGCGAUUCAUAUACCAAGCGACGUCACCUCUCCGGUACCACCUCCUCCCGCGUACAUACGGGAUGGACUUGAUAUCCGCUCCGCCAUCGAAGCAUACGCUCUGACUCCGCCGACGCAGAAGUUGGAAAUGCGCCUCCUCAAGCCACCUCUGAAGCCUCUCAUGAAGGCACUAGCUAAGCAUGGCGCUUAUCCCAUGAUUUCGCAGAGACCAGACAAGAUGCCAUUUGAGGUGCGACUCACUCUGGAAGGGCCUCAGUUGGGACCCAGUAUGAUUCGCCAUGUCCUGAUGCAAGCCGGCAAAGCGAGGGGGCUCAGUUGGUCAGGAUCCGAUUCUGCAGAAGUCUCGAUCAACAGGUACAAGCCGCGAACCAAUGUUUCACCGUCCGAUACAAGCGACCGUCUCGCCCAGCACGUCUUCAAGGACUUUGAAAAUCACAAAGAGACGGCGGAGGAAGCGGAACACGGGACAUCCAGUCCUGGACUGGCGACGCCUCAGAAAGCAGCAGCGCCAACCCCAGCGCCCAAAGUCCGGACCCCUAUACCAGUCUACAUUGCUGGCUUCCAAACCGAGGGCGCCGCGCGCAGCUUUACUUCGCACUGGCACCGUCGACAACUGCCCGUGGAUGAACAGGUUCAGCGCGAUUUGGAGGGCGAGUUGCCUCCUAUAAUAAAUGCAGAGUACCUCUGGUAG